CUUCAGUCUUCCACCAUGACGGACAAAAGCAAACUCUUGUUACUGUUCGACCGCCCCCAAGAGCCCGCCUUUAUGCCCAAAGGCAACAAGGAGGUCUUCGACGUGCCUAACAAUUUCCUCCCGGAGCGGUACAAACCGAUUGGGGUGCAAAUCGCCAACCGGUUCGGGGAACAAGCCAACGAGAAAAUCCCGUUGAAAGACAUCACACCGCCGGACUUGGAGGGAAUCCUUGAUCUGGGGCGCCACGAAAACUUCUCCCUCUUCAUCCCCAAACACCGCAAGGUUGCCGGGAAGCUCAUCAGGAUUUUCCUGGCGGCGGAAUCAAUCGACGAUCUUCUAUCAAACGCUGUUUUUUGCAGAGAUAGGGUUAAUCCGUACUUGUUUUACUAUGCGUUUUCUGUGGCGCUUUUGCACCGGCCGGAUACGCAAAAUUUGGACCUCCCGUCCUUUAUUCACGUGUUUCCGGAUAAGUACGUCGACAGUCAGGUGUUUGCAAGGGCCAGGGAGGAGGCCCACAUUGUCCCGGAAGGCUCAAGGACCCCCAUUGAAAUUCCGCAAGACUUCACGGCGUCAGAUUUAGACGAGGAGCACCGGGUGGCCUACUGGCGCGAGGACAUCGGGCUGAACCUCCACCACUGGCACUGGCACCUGGUGUAUCCCUUCGAAGGCGCGCGCGAAAUUGUCGAUAAAAAUCGCCGAGGGGAAAUUUUCUACUACAUGCACCAACAAAUCAUCGCCCGAUUCAACAUUGAGCGACUUUGUAACGGCCUAAAACGAGUAGUGAAGCUGAGCAAUUGGCGGGAGCCGCUCCCUGAAGCCUAUUUCCCGAAGUUGGACAGUCUUGUAGCUAGUAGGACCUGGCCGGCACGACCCGUUAACCAAGUCCCACGGGACCUCAACCGGGAAGUCGACCAGAUUCGCCUGAGUCUGGACGACAUGGACCGCUGGAGGGACAGGAUCUACGACGCCAUCCAUUCGGGAGUCGUGCGCGGGGACAACGGCCAGAACAUCCCUUUGACUGAAUUUGAAGGGAUCGAUGUUUUAGGGAAUAUAAUUGAGUCCAGCAUCCUGUCACCCAAUCGCAACUAUUAUGGCGAUUUCCACAACAUGGGACACAUCCUCAUUGGCUAUAUCCACGACCCGGACCAUAGAUUCUUGGAACCGUUCGGAGUCAUGGCGGAUCCGGCCGUUGAUUUACGUGAUCCACUCUUCUUCCGCUGGCACGCCUACAUUGACGACAUGUUCCAGGAGUUCAAGGCCACGCUUCCGCGAUACACGGUGGCUCAACUGAAUUAUCCGGGAGUGACUGUCACCAACAUCGAGGUGCAAGCCAAGGGGGGCAAGCCGAACGUGCUCAGCACUUUCUGGCAACAAUCCGACUUGGAUUUGUCUCGCGGCUUGGAUUUCCAGCCCCGGGGCUCCGUUUUCGUCCGCUUCACCCAUUUGCAAAACCAGGACUUCACUUACAAAAUCACAGUCAACAACUCGGGGAACAACCGGAUGGGAACCUGUCGCAUUUUCCUAGCGCCGCAGUUCGACGAACGGGGGAAUCCCUGGCUGUUCAGGAACCAAAAGGACAUGUUCAUCGAACUCGACCGUUUUGCAGUUUCCUUGAAACAAGGGACGAAUACGAUCACUCGCCACUCCACGGAGUCCUCCCUAACUAUCCCCUUCGAGCGGACGUUCCGCAACUUGGACGCAAAUCGCCCCACAGGCGGGGACGCCCUAUCCGAGUUUAAUUUCUGCGGCUGUGGAUGGCCCCAGCACAUGUUGUUGCCCAAAGGCACCGAGGCGGGCUAUCCGUGUCACUUGUUUGUUAUGAUUUCGAACUACGCUGAUGAUAGGGUCGAGCAAGAUACGUCAGGUACGUGCAGUGAUGGUGACACUUUCUGCGGGAUCAAGGAUAAGUUGUACCCCGAUCGGCGCUCCAUGGGGUAUCCCUUCGAUCGCAUGCCGAGGGAUGGGGUUGACACCCUUCAACAGUUUCUGACCCCCAAUAUGAGGGUGCAAGAGGUGGUGAUCCAGUUCAGUAAUCGGAUUGUGAAGCCACGUAAUCGUGAUUAGUUUUAUGACGUGAACUGUCUGAUUUUUUAUAAUGUAAUCUUUGUAACGCUUCCGCAUAUUAUGAAUAAAUCUGCUUACGAGUG